AUUGGACUGACUAGAUAAAAUGGCUCUGCAGCCAUCAUCACCGGAAUUCUCUCUCCCUCCGUCGUGCUUUUUCUGCCUUGGGUCGUUCACCAAUCACGUGUGCGGGGCUAUUGCAUUCAUCCAUUGGAAUUUUAGCCCGAAUUGCAGACGGAAAUGGGAGGUGGUGAAGUGGAUCGCUCAACUUCAAAUCUUUGGUUAGCUCAUAACCCGAGCAAAAGAUGGGCUGAACUUUUCUUUCUCAUCUACACACCUUUUUGGCUCACACUCUGCCUUGGCAUUGUCGUCCCCUACAAACUUUACGAGAAUUUUACAGAGUGGGAGUACCUCUUACUUGGACUUGUUUCAGCUUUGCCUGCUUUUAUAAUUCCAAUGGUUUUUGUUGGAAAGGCAGAUAGGAGCUUGUGUUGGAAAGAUCGUUAUUGGGUGAAAGCUAGUCUCUGGAUCAUUCUCUUUAGUUACGUUGGAAAUUACUUCUGGACCCACUAUUUUUUCACGGUAUUGGGUGCCUCAUAUACAUUCCCGUCGUGGAGGAUGAAUAAUGUACCACAUACAACCUUCCUUCUCACGCAUGUCUGCUUCUUGUUUUACCACGUUUCUUCUAAUAUGACACUUCGCAGAAUCCAGCAUUCUGUCGCUCACUUGCCAGAAACAACACAGUGGCUGUUUAAAGCUUCCUGGAUUUUAAUUCUUUCAUAUUUCGUAGCAUAUCUGGAGACUGUAGCCAUUUCCAAUUUUCCCUAUUAUGAAUUUGUCGAUCGAGCUGUCAUGUACAAAGUUGGCUGCCUGUUUUAUGCAAUUUAUUUCUUUGUUAGUUUCCCAAUGUUUUUCAGGAUCGAUGAGGAACCGAGUGAUGCAUGGGACUUGCCAAGAGUGGCUGUUGAUGCUUUAGGUGCUGCAAUGCUAGUCACCAUCAUUCUCGACUUAUGGCGGAUCUUCCUCGGACCAAUUGUGCCUAUUCCAGAAUCAAAACAAUGCCAUCAACCAGGGCUUCCGUGGUUCCCCCUAAGCGCGUAAGCCUUGUUCAUGCCAAGCACGUUUGUCCUUGUCGGACACAUUGUUUAGCCCCAGACCUUCCAACUGCCCUGAUUAAAUUCUAAUAGAACUUUCAUUUCAUACUCUUGGCUUCUUUGGCACAUGACCAACUCUUCUAUAACUGUAUUCAAAUCUGCCAAAGUUUGUCACAGAUUAUAUUCAAAUCUUUUCCACUCUCCCUAAGGGUGUCGAAA